UUCUCCUCCGGUACAGCGGGUGGCGCUGAGACGCGGCGGGGAUUAAUGUCUCGCUCGUCUGUGCGCAAACACACGUGUGAAGAUGGAGGAAGGCAGUGUACACUUUCAUGAGAUGGGUUUAGAUGAUCGAGUAUUAAAGGCUCUGGCUGAUUUAGGCUGGUCUCAGCCCACCCUCAUCCAGGAGAAAGCCAUCCCGCUGGCGCUCGAGGGGAAAGAUCUGCUGGCCCGAGCUCGAACCGGAUCAGGGAAAACCGCAGCCUACGCGAUCCCCCUCAUCCAAAGAAUCCUCACGUCUAAACAGACUGUACGUGAGCAGGCCGUCAGAGCUCUAGUCCUGGUCCCGACCAAAGAACUGGGUCAGCAGGUCCAGAGCAUGAUCCGACAGCUCACUGCGUUCUGCAGCAGAGACGUGCGCGUGGCCGACAUCUCCGGGAAGGCAGAUAUAUCGGCACAGAAGCCGAUUUUAAUGGAGAAGCCAGACAUUGUGGUGGGCACACCGUCCCGAGUUCAAGCCCACAUCAACGCCCAGAACCUGCAGAUUCAGACUUCAUUAGAGAUGCUGGUCAUCGACGAGGCUGAUCUACUCUUCUCCUUUGGGUUUGAAGCAGACCUUAAAAGCCUGCUGUGUCACUUACCCAAGAUCUACCAGGCGUUCCUCAUGUCUGCGACGCUGAACGACGACGUCCAGGCCCUGAAGGAGCUGGUUCUCCACAAUCCCGUCAUGCUGAAGCUCCAGGGAUCUCAGCUGCCCGACAGCUCUCAGCUCCAGCAGUACAGCGUCCGAUGUGAGGAGGAGGACAAGUUCCUGCUCAUCUACACCCUCCUGAAGCUCGGCCUGGUUCAAGGGAAGUCGCUGGUGUUCGUCAGAGAUGUGGACCGCUGUUACCGGCUCAAGCUGUUUUUGGAGCAGUUCAGCAUCCCUGCGUGUGUCCUGAACUCUGAGCUGCCCAUUCACUCCAGAUGUCACAUUAUCAGUCAGUUUAAUCAAGGCUUCUACAAUUACAUCAUCGCCACCGACGAACAGGGCCUGGAGAAUCCCGCUCGACGUUCCCAGAAAACCCAGGAGAAAGGAAAGAAGAAAAAGAAAGGAAAAGACAAGGAAUAUGGCGUUUCCAGAGGAAUCGACUUCCACAACGUGUCUAAUGUGAUCAACUUUGAUUUCCCCGCUUCAGUCGAGUCCUACAUCCACCGCGUCGGCAGAACGGCUCGUGCGGACAACCCGGGCUCUGCGCUGUCCUUCAUAUCCCACACAGAGCUUGAAAUGCUCGCAGAGGUCGAAAACGCUCUUACUGGAGACGUCACACAUGACAGUGUUUUGAAGCCGUACGGGUUCAGAAUGGAGGAAAUCGAGGGCUUCAGAUACAGAUGUCGGGAUGCCAUGCGAUCGGUGACGAAGCAGGCGGUGAAGGAGGCCAGACUGAAGGAGAUCAAACAGGAGCUGCUCAAUUCAGAGAAACUCAAGACGUACUUCGAAGACAAUCCCAGAGACCUGCAGCUGCUGCGACACGAUAAAGACCUUCACCCCGCCGUCAUCAAACCUCACCUGAAGAACGUGCCGGAUUACCUGAUUCCGACGGCGCUGAAGAGUCUCGUCAAUCCCCUGAAACGACGGAAGAAAAAGAAGAUUAAAACAGGCGGCGUGAUGCUGAGCAGCUUUAAGAAGAAUAUCAGAGGCAAAAAUCCACUGAAGAGUUUUCGUUACACGAGGAAGAAGCGUGAAAAGAAGGCUGGAAAAUCCUAACAUCACAAAAGCCUGAUAGACAUUGGGAUGGGAUUGAAUCUUGACCGAACUAGUUGAACCGAGACUGUCAUCCUGAUCAUAAAUAUUGUCAUCGAAAUUAUAAAGUCCUUCAGAAUCAGACAUGCAUGAGAUGAGGACUCCUGUCUCACUGCUUGUGUGAAGUGAUUUUGGUGAAUAUUGAACAUGUAAUAUCAUGUUUUCAUUAAUACAUUUGGUUUAUAAAGGUUGGGUGCUUAAA